UCGGCCGGAGGUGUUCCGCGGUUAUAUCCGCACACAAAAGCACGCUGGACCUCCACGAUGCGACAGACAUAUAGGCCGAGGUGACACAUAAGGACGGAUUUUGGGGGAGUUCUUGCUAAAAUAAGAACGAGUAUGACGAAGUGAAGAGUUACUUCUCAGCGAAAGUCACAUAGAGGAACCGCCCCCGGCAGUCCCUGAUGAGCAGACCUGGAAACGCCGGCAGAUACAUCGGCAAUACCGCUGCCUUCUGACACGAGAUCAUGGAUUUCAUCCUGAGCGGGGUCGCGGCUUGCGGAGCCUGCCUUUUCACCAACCCGCUGGAGGUGGUGAAGACGCGGAUGCAGCUCCAAGGGGAGCUGAAAAGCCGGGGAUCGUACCAGGUCUACUACCGCAACGUGUUUCACGCUUUCUACACCAUCGGCAAGGUGGACGGGAUUGCGGGACUCCAGAAAGGACUCGUCCCGGGACUCGUUUAUCAGUUCUUCAUGAACGGUGUCCGCCUCGGCUCUUACGCGAUCAUGGAGGCGUCGGGCUACAUCCAUACGAACGGCAGGGUCAGCACGAUCAAAAGCACCGUGGCCGGUGCUGUUGCUGGCGUGGUGGGUGCCGUGAUAGGCAGCCCCAUAUAUUUGGUAAAAACUCAUCUUCAAAGUCAGUCUACCUCCUCCAUCGCAGUUGGACACCAGUACAAACAUCGGGGGAUGAUCCACGCCCUGGUGGUCAUUCACAAGGAACACGGCAUUCUGGGACUGUGGAGGGGCUCUAGCGCAGCUGUGCCCAGGGUGAGCGUGGGAUCAGCCGCUCAACUUUCCACCUUCUCCGCCUCCAAGCAGUUUGUUUCUGAUAUGCAGGUGUUUUCCAGGGACAGCUGGCUAGAGGCUCUGAGUGCAGGCAUGGUCAGCAGUGUGGUGGUGGUCUUGGCCAUGACCCCCUUCGACGUGGUCAGCACCCGUCUCUACAACCAGCCCGUGGACCAUAUGGGCAAGGGGCUGAUGUAUAGAGGGUUCGUCGACUGUUUCUCCAAGACGCUGAAGAAGGAGGGGCUGAUAGGCCUGUACAAGGGGCUGGGAGCCUCCUACUUUCGGCUGGGGCCUCACACCAUCCUGUCCCUCCUCUUCUGGGACGAGCUGAGGAAGCUGUACUGCCCCCACAGCUAGCGGCCAAGAGGGAAAUCGGCUCACCUUUAAGCUGCUCGUUUUCGGGAACCAGUCUGCAGUUUUCCACUCUUGGCAAAGAACCGGGUCAGAGUUCAUGGAGCUGAGACCACACCAAUAAUGUCCAGAAAUAUACCCCCCCCCCCACGUAACUGAUGCAGGUCAUCUGUCCUGAACCCAAGCCAAUGAGACACCCCAGGGCCCACCCACUCCGAUGCUUCCAUCCAGUAGCUGUGUGGAAAUUACACGCCGUUACCCGGUGGUGUGUCAUGUUUGCACUGCUCAACACAACCUAUAUAUAUAUAUAUAUAGACGUUUUUAUAGAUGUUUUUAAUCUGGGGCUGGUGUCAAGUUAAUAAGAAAUGGUUUCUACAUAUGUAGUCUGCGCACAGUGUCCAGACCCGACAGGUUUACGUUUUAUCACAUUGCCGCAGUUUUAAAAUGCUUUUAACAUUAAUGACAUCAUCCAGCCUGUCCAUAGUGUGCAGAUAGAGUUUAGGAACAUACUCAUCCAGAGUUUAUUAAAAAUAACAGCAACCAUCCUGAAUUAGGGUAAAAAACACAUUUUUAAGUUUUCUACUGUAAUGUGAGGUCACUCAUUGCCUUCCAUAUGGAGGAAAUUUAGUUUGUUUAUGCACUUGAGAUAAAAUUCUAAUUUGUGUUUAACAAAAAUCAUUAUUAAUCAUUACUUUGAUUUACUAAAAUAGUCACAAACUGUGAUAGUCUUUAACUGGAUUGUAAUAACUUAUUUAACUUAUUAAAAAUUUAAUUUUUACAA